AUGGAGAUUUGGGAUUCUUUAAACCGGCGCUACCUGGAUUUUAUUAAAAAGUGGGGAGCUCGGCGGGAGGAAAGCUGGCUUUUCCGGGGGCUGCGGGAGCCGGGCCGCGGGAGGGCGGAGGAGUUGGCGCGCCGAGCGCUCGGCCCGGGGAGCGGUUUUCUACCAAAAAAAGGAAAGGCGGGCAAAAAGUGUGAGGCGGCUGCGGGUGGCGGAGGGGAGCGGCGGCCUCGGGAUGGCGGGCAGCACGGGCGCCUAGCCGCGCCGGGAGCCGGGGCCGCCACCGGAGUUGCUGACGCCGGAGCCCGGAGCCAGGAGCCCCGCCGCGCCAGGUACGCCUGCCCGCCCCCGGCCGCGGCACUCCCGCGGAGGAAGGAUGGCCGAGAUUUCGGGCCCCAGCGGUCCGUGCACGGCCCCCCGCCGCCGCUCCUGUCCGGCUUGGCCAUGGAUAGCCACCGCGUGGGCGCGGCCACUGCCGGACGCUUGCCUUCCUCGGGCUUGCCCGGCCCGCUGCCGCCCGGGAAGUACAUGGCCGGCCUCAAUCUCCACCCGCACCCGGGCGAGGCCUUCUUGGGCAGCUUUGUGGCCAGCGGGAUGGGACCCUCGGCCUCAUCCCAUGGGAGCCCGGUGCCCUUGCCCUCUGACCUCUCCUUCCGCUCCCCCACCCCCAGCAACCUGCCCAUGGUGCAGCUGUGGGCUGCCCAUGCCCAUGAAGGCUUCUCCCACCUUCCCAGCGGGCUGUACCCAUCCUACCUCCAUCUGAACCACCUGGAGCCCCCCAGCAGUGGGAGCCCCCUCCUCAGCCAGCUGGGCCAGCCCAGCAUUUUCGAUACCCAGAAAGACGGCUUCUACCUGCCGGCUCCGGGGGCUCCGGGCGCCCUGCACUCUCACGCGCCCUCCUCCAGGACCUCCAGCAGCCACUCCUCGGGCGCCCCGACCAAAGGCUUGUCGCGGGAAGGUCCAGCCAAGGAGCGGGCGGGCCGUGGUGGGGAGCCACCUCCACUGUUGGGCAAGAAGGACCCUCGGGCCCGCGAGGAGGCGGCUGGGUCGCGCGGCGUGGUGGACCUGACUCAAGAGCGGCCGCCACCCGCCGACGCCCCGCCAGCCAGGGCCGCGCGCACCUCCCCGGACCCCCGGGCUUACCUGCCGCCCAAGGAGCUGCUCAAGCCCGAGGCCGAGCCGCGGCCCUGCGAGCGCGCACCACGCGGCCCCGCCGGCACCCAGCAGGCCGCCAAGCUCUUUGGCCUGGAGCCCGGGCGGCCACCCCCACCCGCUGGCCCUGACCACAAGUGGAAGCCCUUUGAGCUGGGCAACUUCGCCACCACGCAGAUGGCCGUGCUGGCAGCGCAGCACCACCACGCCAGCCGGGCCGAUGAAGAGGCUGCAGCCGUCUCCAAGAAGGCCUACCUGGACCCAGGGGGCGCGCUGCCUCGCGCGGUGGCCACGUGCGGCCGGCCUGGUGCUGACAUGCACCCCGCGGCCCAUGGGCCUGGAGAAGCUUCGGCCAUGCAGAGCCUCAUCAAGUACAGCGGCAGCUUCACCCGCGAGGCAGUGGCUGUGCGCCCUGGCGGCUGUGGCAAGAAGAGCCCCUUCGGAGGCCUGGGAACCAUGAAACCUGAGCCUGCCCCCACCUCCGCGGGUGCCCCUCGUGCCCAGGCCCGCCUCCUGCACCCUGCAGGCCCUGCAGCGGGUGCAGCCCGACAGCUGAAGCGGGACCCAGAAAGGCCCGAGAGCGCCAAGGCCUUCGGGCGAGAGAGUUCUGGUGCCCAGGGUGAGGCAGAAGUGCGACACCCGCCAGUGGGCAUUGCAGUGGCCGUGGCCCGGCAAAAGGACAGUGGUGGCAGUGGUCGGCUGGGGCCUGGGCUGGCGGACCAGGAGCGCUCCCUGUCAUUGAGCAAUGUCAAAGGACACAGCCGGGCUGAUGAUGACUGUGCAGACGAUCGGGCCAGGCACCGGGAAGAACCGCUGCUUGCGGGGCGGCUGGACCGGGACCAGGAGAAGCUGCUCAGAGAAAGUAAGGAGCUGGCUGACCUGGCCCGCCUGCACCCCACCAGCUGUGCUCCUAAUGGCCUGAACCCCAACCUCAUGGUGACUGGGGGCCCGGCACUGGCAGGCUCAGGUCGCUGGUCUGCUGACCCUGCAGCCCACCUGGCCACACACCCCUGGUUGCCACGCUCGGGUAGCACAUCCAUGUGGCUUGCUGGACACCACUACGGCUUGGGCCCCCCUUCUCUGCACCAGGGCAUGGCACCUGCAUUUCCACCUGGCCUGGGAGGCUCCCUGCCAUCGGCCUACCAAUUUGUCAGAGACCCCCAGUCAGGCCAGCUGGUGGUUAUUCCCAGUGAUCACCUGCCUCAUUUUGCGGAGCUGAUGGAGCGGGCCGCAGUGCCACCCCUCUGGCCUGCUCUGUAUCCACCGGGCCGCAGCCCCCUGCACCAUGCCCAGCAGCUGCAGCUCUUCUCCCAGCAGCAUUUCCUGCGGCAGCAAGAGUUCCUGUACCUGCAGCAGCAGGCGGCCCAGGCCCUGGAACUGCAGAGGAGUGCCCAGCUGGUGCAGGAGCGGCUGAAGGCCCAAGAACAUCGGGCGGAGAUGGAGGAGAAGGUGAGCAAGCGGAGCCUUGAGGCCUCGGGCAAAGCCGGCCUGGCUGCUGCAGGCCCGGGGUUGUUGCCUCGGAAGCCCCCCGGCCUGUCUGCUGGCCCCGCGGGCACCUAUGGCAAGGCCGUGAGCCCACCGCCGUCUCCUCGCGUAUCCCCUGUGGCUGCCCUGAAGGCCAAGGUCAUCCAGAAGCUGGAGGACGUUUCCAAGCCACCCACCUAUGCCUACCCUGCCACGCCCAGCUCCCAUCCCACCAGCCCACCGCCUGCCUCCCCACCACCCACCCCUGGCAUCACCCGCAAGGAGGAGGCACCUGAAAAUGUUGUCGAGAAGAAAGACUUGGAGUUGGAGAAGGAAGCCCCCAGCCCCUUCCAGGCCUUGUUCUCAGAUAUCUCCCCCAGGUACCCAUUUCAAGCCCUGCCGCCGCACUACGGAAGGCCCUACCCAUUCCUGCUGCAACCCACAGCGGCCGCUGAUGCAGACGACGGCCUGGCCCCUGACGUGCCACUCCCAGCGGAUGGGCCUGAGCGCUUGGCACUCUCGCCCGAAGACAAGCCCAUCCGCUUGUCGCCCUCCAAGAUCCCUGAGCCGCUGCGGGAGGACCCUGAGGAAGAGCAGUUGGCUGAACGGGAGGUGAAGGCAGAGGUGGAGGACAUGGAUGAGGGCCCUGCAGAGCUGCCCAUGCUGGAGUCACCACUGCCACUGCCUGCAACGGAAGCCAUGGCAGCCCAGAGCCCCUCGGGCAGCUGCGGAGGGGGUCUUCUGGAGGCCCAGGUGCUGAGUACCUCCAGACAGGGGUGUGCAGAGCCCUCCGAGUGCCCAGACUUUGUGGAGGGGGCUGAUGCACAAGUGGAUUCGCCGGGCCGGACAGAAUCCCAUGCGGCUGCCCUGGACCUGGGGGCGCAGCUGACGCCCCAGAUGCUGGUUGAGGCUAAGGAGGAGCCGGUGGAGGUGCCCCUUGAUGUGCCUAUGGAGCUGCCUGUGGUGAAGGCAGUGCCUGAGGAAGGCCUGGCCCAGGCGACCCCGAGCGAGCCCCAGCCCAGCCUAGAACUGUCAGAGUGUGAUGUGCCUGCCAUGGAGGGACAGUGCCUGAGUCUGGAGACCCAGGAGGCUGCACCUGUAUCCAGUGGCACCUGCUACCUGGAGGAGGCGAGCUCCGACCAGUUCCUGCCCAGCCUGGAAGACCCACUGGCUGGUAUGAACGCCCUGGCAGCAGCUGCGGAGCUGCCCCAGGCCAGGCCUCUUCUGUCCCCAGGUGCUGGAGCCCAGGCUUUGGAGAAGCUGGAAGCAGCUCAGAGCCUGGUGCUGGAGCAGAGCUUCCUACAUGGCAUCACCCUGCUGAGCGAGAUUGCAGAGCUGGAGCUGGAAAGGAGGAGCCAGGAGGUGGGAGGUAUGGAGCAGGGCCUGGCUGUGCGGCCCUCGCUGGAGAGCCUAUUGGCGGCCAGCAGCCACAUGCUGAAGGAGGUGCUGGAUGGCCCCUUUGUGGACCCACUCAAGAGCCUGCGGCUCCCGCGGGAACUGAACCCCAACAAGAAGUACAGCUGGAUGCAGAAGAAAGAAGAGCGGAUGUAUGCAAUGAAGUCCUCCUUGGAGGACAUGGACGCCUUGGAGCUGGACUUCCGGAUGCGGCUGGCAGAGGUACAGCGACAGUACAAAGAGAAACAGCGCGAGCUGGUGAAGCUGCAGAGACGCCGGGAUUCCGAGGACAGGCGCGAGGAACCCCAUAGAAGCUUGGCACGCAGAGGCCCUGGCAGGCCGAGGAAACGGACCCACGCCCCGAGCGCCCUGUCGCCCCCCCGCAAGAGAGGGAAGAGCCGCAACAGUAGCGGAAAGCUGAGCAGCAAGUCCCUACUGACAUCAGAUGACUACGAGCUGGGAGCAGCAAUAAGGAAGAGACAUAAGGGGCCUGAGGAGGAACAUGAUGCUCUCAUUGGAAUGGGGAAAGCCAGGGGAAGGAACCAGACUUGGGAUGAGCAUGAAGCCUCAUCCGACUUCAUGAGUCAGCUAAAGAUUAAAAAAAAGAAGAUGGCCAGUGACCAGGAGCAGUUGGCAAGCAAGCUAGACAAGGCCCUCUCCCUCACAAAACAGGACAAGUUGAAGUCGCCCUUCAAGUUUUCGGACAGUUCUGGGGGGAAAUCGAAAACUAGCCGGGGCUGUGGCAGGUACUUGACUCCUUAUGAUAGCCUGCUGGGCAAGGACCGGAAGGCGCUGGCCAAAGGCCUCGGCCUGUCUCUGAAAUCUUCCAGAGAAGGUAAACACAAAAGGGCCGCCAAAGCCAGGAAGAUGGAGGUGGGGUUCAAGGCCAGAGGCCCGCCCAAGUCGGCCCAUUCCCCGUUCGCCUCGGAAGUGAGCAGCUAUUCCUACAAUACGGACUCAGAGGAAGAGGAAGAAUUCCUGAAGGAUGAGUGGUCUGCUCAAGGCCCCUCCAGCUCCAAACUGACGUCUUCCAUUCUGUGUGGCAUGGUGGCAAAGAACAGCAAACCUGCUGGAGGCUCCAAGCUGGCCAAGAGGGGCCUGGUGGGCCCCCGGACUCUGAAACCCAAGCCAGCUGCCAGCAGGAAGCAGCCGUUUUGUUUGCUGCUUCGAGAGGCUGAGGCCCGAUCCUCCUUCAGCGACUCUUCGGAGGACUCGAUUGACCAAGAUGAGAGCUCUGAGGAGGAGGACGAGGAGGAGGAGCUGGAGCAGGAGGAGGAGGCCAGCGGCGGCUGUAGGCUGGGUGCCCGGGAGCGGGCCCUGUCGCCAGGCCUGGAGGAGAGUGGGCUGGGCCUGCUGGCCCGCUUUGCAGCCAGCGCCCUCCCCAGCCCCACAGUGGGGCCGUCCCUGUCAGUGGUGCAGCUGGAGGCCAAGCAGAAGGCCCGGAAGAAAGAGGAGCGGCAGAGCCUGAUGGGCACAGAAUUUGAGUACACGGACUCAGAGAGCGAGGUCAAGGUACGCAAGCGUUCGCCUGCUGGGCUGCUGCGGCCCAAGAAGGGGCUGGGGGAGCCAGGUCCCUCCCUGGCUGUGCCCACUCCCAGUUCCCGGGGCCCUGGCCCCACCAGCCCGGACAAGGCCAAGCUGGCAGCAGAGAAGGGGCGCAAGGCCCGGAAGCUGCGGGGCCCCAAGGAGCCUGGUUUCGAGGCGGGGCCUGAGGCCAGUGAUGAUGACUUGUGGACACGGCGCCGCAGUGAGCGCAUCUUCCUGCACGAUGCCACGGCAGCAGCCCCCGCACCCCCCAGCAGUGCACCGGUCACCAAGCCCAGCCGCUGUGGCAAGGGCGGCCCCUUGAGCCCACGCAAGGACACCGGCCGCGCCAAGGACAGAAAGGACCCCAGGAAGAAGAAGAAAGGGAAGGAGGCUGGGUCAGGAGCCGCACUGCCACCGCCCCGAGUUCCCACCCUGCCUCCCGAGGCCAGGGCCCCUCAUACCAGCUCCCUGGCGACUGCCAAGAGGAGCAAGGCCAAGGCCAAAGGGAAAGAGGUGAAGAAGGAGAACCGGGGGAAGGGGGGUGCUGUGAGCAAGCUGAUGGAGAGUAUGGCAGCUGAGGAGGACUUUGAACCCAACCAGGACUCGAGCUUCUCUGAGGACGAGCACCUGCCACGUGGCGGGGUUGUGGAGCGGCCACCAACUCCGGCCCCUCGCUCCUGCAUCAUCGACAAGGACGAGCUGAAGGAUGGCCUGCGGGUGCUCAUCCCCAUGGAUGAUAAGCUGCUGUAUGCUGGGCACGUGCAGACGGUGCACUCGCCAGAUAUAUACCGUGUGGUGGUGGAGGGUGAGCGUGGGAACCGGCCCCACAUCUACUGUCUGGAGCAGCUGCUGCAGGAGGCGAUCAUCGAUGUGAGGCCGGCCUCCACCCGCUUCUUGCCGCAAGGGACCAGGAUCGCGGCCUACUGGAGCCAGCAGUACCGCUGCCUCUACCCGGGCACUGUAGUCCGAGGGCUGCUGGACUUGGAGGACGAUGGGGACCUGAUCACUGUGGAGUUUGAUGAUGGAGACACAGGGCGAAUCCCACUCUCACACAUCCGCCUGCUGCCCCCUGACUAUAAGAUCCAGUGUGCUGAGCCGUCCCCAGCCCUCCUGGUGCCGAGCGCCAAGCGCCGCAGCCGGAAGACCAGCAAAGACACCGGGGAAGGCAAAGAGGGGGGCACAACGGGGUCGGAGGAGUCAGGAGCCAAGGCCCGAGGGCGUGGGCGGAAACCCAGCACCAAGGCCAAGGGUGACAGAGCUGCUGUCCUGGAGGAGGGGGGCUCAAUGGAUGAGGUCCCCAGUGCCCCAUUGGCUCCAGAGCCAAUCAGUACCCCAGGUUCCAAGAAGAGCCCCCCAGAACCUGUGGACAAGCGGGCCAAAGCCACCAAGGCUCGCCCUGCACCCCCACAGGCUAGCCCUGCACCUUCCACUUUUGCCAGCUGCCCGGCUCCUGAGCCCUUCGGAGAGUUGCCUGCCCCCACAGCGGCCCCAGCCCCCACCCCCACACCCGUCACCAUGCCCAUCACCAUGCCUGCCACCCGCCCCAAGCCCAAGAAGGCUCGGGCUGCUGAGGAGUCGGGCACCAAGGGCCCUCGGAGGCCAGGAGAGGAGGCCGAGCUGCUUGUCAAACUGGACCAUGAGGGGGUCACAUCGCCCAAGAGCAAAAAGGCCAAAGAGGCCCUGCUUCUGCGGGAGGACCUGGGGGCUGGGGGCUGGCAGGAGCCCAAGAGCCUCCUGAGCCUGGGCAGCUAUCCCCCGACCGUGGGCAGCGGUGAUCCCAAGACAGCCUGGCCCAAGGCCAUGGAUGGGGACCUCGCCCAGGAGCCCGGGUCGGGGCUCACGUUUGAGGACUCUGGGGACCCCAAGAGCCCGGACAAGGCCCAGGCUGAGCAGGAUGGGGCUGAGGAGUCGGAGAGCAGCGGCAGCAGCGGCAGCAGCAGCAGCAGCAGCAGCAACAGCAGCAGCAGCAGCGGUUCAGAAACAGAAGGAGAGGAGGAAGGCGAGAAGAAUGGGGACGGAGGCCGUGGCGCUGGUGGCCGGAGCUGCAGCGCCUCUAGCUCCCGGGCGUCCUCUCCUGCCUCCUCCUCCUCCUCCUCUUCUUCCUCCUCCUCUUCCUCUUCUUCCUCUUCGUCCUCCUCCUCGUCCUCCUCGUCCUCUUCAUCCUCGUCCUCGUCCUCCUCGUCCUCGUCCUCCUCGUCCUCGUCCUCCUCCUCCUCCUCGUCCUCCUCCUCCUCCUCCUCCACCACAGACGAGGACUCUUCCUGCAGCUCGGACGAGGAGGCAGCCCCCGCCCCCACAGCUGGUCCCCCUGCGCAGCCAGCCCUCCCCACCAAGGCACCCAAGCAGGCCGGCAAGGCCCGCUCCUCGGCCCAGUCUCCAGGCAAGAAGGCGCCCGCCCCUCAGCCCCAGGCGCCCCCGCCCCAGCCCCCGCAGCCUCUGCAGCCCAAGGCUCAGGCUGGGGCCAAGAGCCGUCCCAAAAAGAGAGAGGGCGUCCAUCUCCCCACCACCAAGGAGCUGGCCAAGCGGCAGCGCCUGCCAUCCGUGGAGAACAGGCCCAAGAUUGCUGCCUUCCUGCCAGCCCGGCAGCUCUGGAAGUGGUUCGGCAAGCCCACCCAGAGGCGCGGCAUGAAGGGCAAGGCCCGCAAGCUCUUCUACAAGGCCAUCGUACGUGGCAAAGAGAUGAUUCGCAUCGGGGACUGUGCCGUGUUCCUGUCGGCCGGACGCCCCAACCUGCCCUACAUCGGCCGCAUCCAGAGUAUGUGGGAGUCGUGGGGCAACAACAUGGUGGUCCGCGUUAAGUGGUUCUACCACCCUGAGGAAACCAGCCCGGGCAAGCAGUUCCACGAGGGCCAGCAGUGGGACCAGAAGUCUGGCCGCAGCCUCCCUGCAGCCCUGCGGGCCUCCAGCCAGAGGAAGGACUUCAUGGAGCGUGCCCUGUACCAGUCCUCGCAUGUGGACGAGAACGACGUGCAGACUGUGUCGCACAAGUGCCUGGUGGUGGGCUUGGAGCAGUACGAGCAGAUGCUCAAGACCAAGAAGUACCAGGACAGCGAGGGCCUGUACUACCUUGCGGGCACCUAUGAGCCCACCACAGGCAUGAUCUUCUCCACAGAUGGCGUGCCCGUGCUCUGCUGAGUGCCACGCCAGGGCGCGCCCAGGCCCCACAAGCUGCCUUGUGGCCCAAGGGCUGAAGGGGCCCCUCCCCAUCACUGCCACUGCGCGGGGACCAUGUGCGUUGUGUGCAUGCAAGUGUGCCCGUGGGCGUGUGCAUGUGGUCAUUGUGCACGUGGACGCCCUGGGUGAGUGUGUGUGUACAUGUGUGUGCCCUUAUGCAUGCACGUGUGUGCACACAUGUGCACACAUCUCCAGCCCCACUCUCUGAACCCUCUGGUGCCCCCAGGACAGGGGCUCCUGUCAGUUAUCAGGGUAUGGCUCUGCCAAACCCCCUCAGGGCGUCCUUGGCCAGGAUGGGGCCUUGGGCGUCCCUGCCAGUACCUUGUAAGCACUUGGUAGGCCGGCCCUCCAGACUGUGGCUGCAGCGGGGACCCAGGCGUU